UACCCUCUGAGCUUGCGGUAACACUACCGUAACUAUGGCUGCCAUACUGGCUGUGUUCCGACGACGUGAAUUCGAAAGAGCGAGGAGGAGGGAGCGAAUCUUCAGAGAUCGCAGCCAGCCGUUGGAGUUGGGGGAUGGUGACAUUUUCCGGAAGUACCGGUUUACUAGGGAUGGUUGUAUGCAUGUUAUCAAUUUGAUUCGGCCCCUGUUGCAGCACGACACCCAACGGAAUCAGGCACUUCCCCCAGAGCUGCAAGUUUUCAUAGCUUUGAAUUUUUAUGCAACGGGGGCAGUGCUUGAUUCCACGGCCACGAUUCAUGGCAUCACCCGCUCAACAGCAUCCAGGGUAAUUCACCGUGUGUCAGUGACCCUCGGCACACUGAAACAUGAGAUAAUCAAGUUUCCAACGACAAUGGAAGAAGUCAACAGAGCCCAAGUGGAUUUCUUCAACAUAUCAGGCUUUCCCCAGGUCAUAGGAGUGGUCGACGGAACACACAUUAGACUAAAUGGAGCUCCCUUGGGCCCUGGUGAGCACGUCUAUAUGAACAGAAAAGGAUAUUACUCCAUCAACACCCAAAUAAUUUGUGAUACCAAUUACAAGAUCAUAAACAUUUUGGCACGCUGGCCAGGCAGCACUCACGACAGCAGGAUAUUUCAGAACAGCAGAGUUGGACAGACUUUUGAAGAUCUACAACAGCAUGGUCUACUUCUUGGAGAUUCGGGUUACGCUUUAAGACCAUACCUGAUGACACCAGUGCUAAAUACAAGGACUCCUGCAGAACAGGCUUACAAUAGGUAUGUACUACAAGAAACAUUUCAAUGCAUAUUUGUAUCUACAAUUAAAAAAGAAAGUGAAUGAAUGUAUGCCAUUUUAGACAUCAAAGCAAUACCAUGAUGUC